AUGUCUGUUGUAUGGAACCCUAAGAUUGAACGAGUUUCUCUCCUCAAAUGCUGUCUUUGGGUACACACCUCGCUCAUAAGCGAUGAUAUUCAACCAGAUGUUCAUCGGAUCACAUCGGGUCAGGUGAUUGUCGAUAUGACCUCCAUUGUAAAGGAAGUUGUGGAGAAUAGUCUGGAUGCCAAUGCGACUGUUGUUGAAGUGGAGUUCAAGAAUUACGGGUUGGAUUCGAUCACAGUGAGUGAUAAUGGUGAUGGGAUUUCAGAAGAGGAUUUUGAAUCAAUAGCUUUGAAGCAUCAUACUUCUAAGUUGUCCUCUUUCAAUGAACUAGAGAAGGUGCACACAUUGGGCUUCAGAGGUGAAGCGUUAUCGUCCUUGUGUUCGAUAGGCUCCUUGGGCAUUGUCACCACGCAAUCUCCACCUAUGGCACACCAGUUGACUUUCAAGGAAUCUGGAGCAUUGGACAAGACAACUAUUUGUAAAGGCUCAAAGGGUACUACUGUCACGGUUUCGUCUCUGUUUAAGAAUCUUCCUGUGCGGUUGAAAGAACUGACGAAGAACAUCAAGAGAGAGUUCAACAAGUGUAUUUCUUUACUGCAAUCAUACGCGUUGAUCAAUACUAAGGUCAAGUUUGUGGUGCGGAAUGUGAACUCUAAGGGUAAGAAGGUUAAUAUGCUACACUCUCAAGGUCUCAAUUCGCUAAAGAGUAACAUUAUCAGCAUAUUUGGUUCAACUGGGUUACAAGGCUUGGUUCCAUUGGACAUAGAAUUGGAUUUAAACUUGGUUAAAUCAAAACUGAAAAUAUCUGAUUUCAAUGACGAUUAUACCAUCAAGCUGGACGGAUUUGUCUCAAAAGUUGGCUUUGGAAGGGCUGCAAAGGAUAGACAGUACUUUUUCAUCAACAAGAGACCCGUUAACCUUAGGAAGUGGGCACAGGUUAUCAACGAAACAUACAAGACAUUUAACGCUACUCAACUACCAGUAAUUAUAUUGGAUAUAACAAUUUCCCCGGGGUUUUUGGAUCUUAAUGUCACCCCUGAUAAGAGGACAGUCCUGAUCAACAAUGAGGAUGCGGUUCUUGAUGAGCUAAGAUCGAGUAUGAUUCAGUUCUAUGAUGCACAGGACUUGAGUCUUCCAAGAACCACCCGCACGCAUAAACUUUCUUUUGAUGAAAAUGAAUCAGAUGAAACAAUAAGCACCCUGAGAAGUCGUUUCUCCUCCUCUAUUGACGACACACUUGUUGAUGACACUCCAAGGAAGAGACCGCUUGAUGAAAUUGAAGAUCAAAGCUCCACCAAAAGAGCGAAGGUUGAAACUAUAAGAAUUGAGAGUAUAGAAGUUGAAGAAGAGAACGAUGAAUGCACAAAUGUCCAUGAGGUUGAAGAAGAAAACGAUGAACGCACAAAUAUCCAUGAAAUUGAAGAGGCAGAUGACCUGAAUGAUGUUGUUGGGGUAGAAAUUGAUGAAAAUGUUCAUAAUCAUGUACCUGAAUUGGAAGAUACUUCCAGCUCAGAAGAAGAGAAUCUAGAAGAGGUUGAGCCAACUGUCAGGCCCUCUAAGAAAUUACUACAGCCAACUUUCACAAACAAACUCACUACAUUGAAAUCUUUAUCUGCCUUCAAACUUGGUUCUCAAGAAGAACCAGCACUCAAAGAAAUACAAAGUACUGUUGAUACUAUUAUCCAUCGAAGGGGAAAGUGUAAUCAUGACCACGAUUCGGAAGAGGAAAGCCAAUCAGAUGAAGAGGAUGAACACAUAGAAGAAGUUAACAACGAUGAGGAGGAUUCAAAUAGAGAUGAGCUUGAACUUGUCAAGUACAAAGAAAUUGGAACAUCUGAAUUCUUUGAAGUAUCAGUGGGUUUACCCGUACAAUUUGCAAAACCUCUAACAGGUAAACCAGUCUCUAGACAAAAAGUCGACCUCGAUGACAUUAACAAUCAAGAAGAAUCUGAGAAUUACCUCACGCUAACUGUGUCCAAAAAGGACUUCAAAAAUAUGAAAAUUAUUGGACAAUUCAACUUGGGGUUUAUCCUUGUUACUCGUGAGCUGGAUAAUAAAAGAGACAUGUUCAUAAUCGAUCAACAUGCAUCCGAUGAGAAAUACAACUUUGAACAACUUCAGAGGGAUACAGUGAUGGAGAGCCAAAGAAUGGUUGUUCCUCAAUCAUUAGAACUCAGUGUCAUUGACGAACUUGUUGUGAUUGAUAACCAGGAUGUGAUUACAAAGAAUGGAUUCCAGUUGUCUAUAGACAUGGAUGGUAUUCCUGGAAAUCGUAUCAAACUGGUAUCCUUGCCAAUGUCGAAGCGAAUCACAUUUGACACUGUGGAUUUCUAUGAGUUAUUGCAUCUGAUCAAAGAGCAACAAUCCAACACUCAAACACUACGGUGUUCCAAAGUUCGUUCGAUGUUAGCAAUGAGGGCCUGCCGAAAAUCAAUAAUGAUUGGAAAACACCUAUCUCAUAGGCAGAUGUCUCAGGUUGUCUCUAACCUUGGAGAUUUGGAUAAACCCUGGAACUGUCCCCACGGUAGGCCAACAAUGAGACACUUAACAGAACUGGAGUGGGAACCAUUUAGAGAGGACUAUAGUCUGUGA